AUGGACGAGAAGGUGGCAAGGGCAAACCAAAGGGAUGUGGCCCGUGAUAGCGACCCGAAGAGAGAGGCCGUUGAAGAAAUCGAGGGCGUCAACACCCUCAAAACCGUCGAGGUCGGCUUCUCAGCUGACGAAGUGGUGGUCGAGAUUGACCACAAAGAACGGACUCGGAUCCUGAGAAAGGUGGACUACCGCUUGAUUCCCAUCCUCGGCAUCCUGUACCUACUGGCAUUCAUCGAUCGUGGGAACAUCGGAAAUGCUAAAAUUGCCGGUCUCUACGAUGACCUCCACCUCCAUGGAAUGCAAUAUAACACCGCCUUGACUUUGUUCUUCGUACCUUAUGGCUUCUUUGAAGUACCCUCCAAUAUUGUGCUCAAGAUACUACGCCCCUCGAUCUGGAUUUCCAUCUUGAUGUUCUGUUGGGGAACCGUGAUGACUCUUAUGGGCGUGGUUUCUACCUAUAGGGGUCUUUUAGUGACACGAUUCUUCCUCGGCGUGGCAGAGUCGGGCUUUUUCCCAGCAGCGACGUACCUGCUCACGAUCUGGUACUUACGGUACGAGGUGCAACGCCGGAUGGCUGUCUUCUACGCUGCUGCGUCGCUUUCCGGGGCGUUCUCCGGUUUGCUGGCCUACGGUAUUCAGCACAUGGACGGCGUCGCAGGCCUGGCAGGCUGGAAAUGGAUCUUCAUUCUUGAAGGCCUAGUUCCUGUGGCUGGCUCGUUCGUCGUCUGGUUCGUGCUUCCAGACAAUCCGGAGACGGCCAAAUUCCUCACAAAGGAAGAGAAAGAAUUCAUCAUCAACCGACUGGCUCUUGAGACGGGUUCUGGGCAUGGUCGGGUGACGAAUGCCGACCGUAUUCGACUGCAUCACAUCAUUGCUGCUUUCAAGGAAUGGAAGAUCUGGGGUGGUGUGGUUAUAUUCUGGGCCAACACCAUUGGUGUCUACGGCUUCACCGCCACGGUCCCAUCUGUGAUUGAGGCCCUCGGAUACACCUCAGCCAACGCUCAACUGAUGACGAUCCCGAUUUACGUCUUCGCCAUGAUCAUGACGCUCAUAUUUGCUUUCUGGUCGGACAGAGUCCAGCAACGAACCCCAUUCAUCAUGGCCGGAUUCAGCAUUGCCGCAAUCGGCUUCAUCGGCGAGCUUGCGAUCCCCCAUCCCAGGCUGCCUGGUGUGACGUAUUUCUUCCUCUUCCCGCUCGCCGCUGGCCUUUAUUGCCCCUUCAUCUGUCUCGUGUGCUUGAUCGGGAACAAUCUCGCUCCCAGCUCUAAGCGGGCAGUCGGCAUGGCCCUACUCAUCUCUGUCGGCAACUUUGGAGGCAUUGCCGGAAGUAAUAUCUACAUUGCGUCUCAGGCGCCAAAAUACCCGACCGGAUUCGGGACCGGGUUGGGAAUCUGCGUCACUGCCGUCAUCAUGGCCUACGUGCUGCGGCGAGCCUAUAGACACGAAAACGCGAAGCGGGAUGCCUUCAUGGUGGGCAAGACCGACGAGGAGAUCAAGGCUCAGUACACGGAGCAGGAACUGCUGGAUCUCGGUGACAAGAGUCCCUUCUACCGCUACACUGUGUGA